AAACCGCUUGGCAUUUCACUGCAGAGCAUUUUGACAGAAGCAAAAGUCAUUUGUUGUUAAACAGUGUGCAUUCGAAAACUCCCCAAACCAAACUAAUUUAUAUUUCAUUUUUUUCCCGUUCUUUCUUGGAAUUUCUGCAAACUUUUUAAUAAAACAUUCAGCCAGUCAAUAGAAUAGAAAUUGAUUCGUUGUUUCAAAGACAGUAGAAACUUCGUUAAAUAUGAGCUCACCAGUAUACAAACACACCAAUGAAAAUUCGGCGAUGAAACAACGCAAACAGAAGUCAACGAAUGCCGCCAAGUCGUCGACAAAUCUCGACACACGAACAGAGUUAGCCGAUCUGGUGAAACGAAAGGCUGAAAUUGCAGAGACACUAGCCAAUCUGGAACGACAGAUUUAUGCAUUUGAGGGUUCAUACUUGGAAGAUACACAGCUGUAUGGCAACAUUAUUCGUGGCUGGGAUCGGUAUUUAACAUCGAACAAAAGUACCAAUUCAAAGGCCGAUAAACGAAAUCGUAAAUUCAAAGAAGCCGAACGACUCUUCUCCAAAUCAUCAAUCACAUCAAUGGCGGCUGUUAGUGAGCUGGUCGAUCAAAAUGACACAAAACCAGAUCGCAAUAGCGAAACGGACGUAACAAAUGAGGAUUCUAGUGACAAUACAAUAAUUGGUACAAUUUCCGGCAAUAAUGCGUCCAGUAAUCGUCAUGAACUGAACAAUUCCACACAUCAAAAAUCUGCCGGCAAAAAUCUAGACUCUGUUGAUCGACCAAACACCCCGCAUUCAAAACACUCCGACUCGAAAGAUGUUUCGACGCCGAGUAGCAGUGCGAAGCAGAAAGCAAGCUCUGCCAAGAAAACCGGCAAUGCGACAAAAAAGAUUCGCCAUCGCUGAAUUGCACAGCCAUUGUCGUGACAUUUAACGUUUUAUUCAGUAAUUUGUAACUCGUUUAAUUCUUUAUUCGUCAUGAAACUCACCUUUCGAUCCAUGCUCAUCGUAGCUUCAAUUAAGUUAAAUUUAGCUAUGGAAUUGUAACAAAACGGCAACAAAAAACCAAAUACAUAGCAAAUUCUUAUGUAAAAAAAAG